CGUCGCGUCAAGGAAACAUGUAAACUUACCGAGAUUUUUUGUUAUUGACAUUUCAAAAAUGUGUUUUGAAAAGAUUUGGGAGUAGUCAUAAUAUAUAUUUAUCAUUUCUAUGUCGAUUAUGUUGAAUUAAUAUGUAUACUACAUGGUUUUUUAACUGUACAUCUGAAAUAACGUGCACCAUAAAACAGAACCAAAACAAACAUGGCGGCCAGUGCCAAAAUGUCAUUUAAUUAUUAUCAGAAUGGGAAGUAUGGUACAUUGCCACAGAACCCAAGCAACGACAUGGAAGUCACGCAAGAUAUGCAUCUUAAGAUGUCAAAGAAGAUAGCACAGCUGACAAAGGUAAUCUAUGCACUAAAUACUAAAAAUGAUGAGCAUGAAGCAGUUGUCCAACAGAUCAAAGAGCAGCAUGAGGAGGAGAUGCAGCAGCUGCUCAGAGAAACGAAGGAAAAGAUCACCCAAUAUAAGGAAAAGAUAAAUGCGGAGACGUCACAGAACAACAGGCUAGAGCAACUAGAGAAAAGUUUACGUGAGCAUGAAUCUCUAAAGAGCAGGCAUUUAAACCAGUUUGAGUCAUUUAAAAGAGAGGCUGAAGAAAGAGAAAUGAGACUUAAGGCAGAACAUGCUCAAAAAAUGCUCGAACUUUCUCAAGAUGUCCUUCAUACGAAAAAAGAUUUUGAGGAAAAAUUAAGACAGUUUGAAGCUUGGAAAGAUGGUGUAAGUGAAGAAAAUGAAAGGAAAAUAAGAGAACUUAAAAUUAGUCAUAAAAGUGAGAUUGAAGAAGUCCGAAAUCUUAGUAGAGAUCAAAGCAACGACUGGUUAAAUGAAGUUAAAAAAGUAGAAGACAAAUAUAAAGCAGAGUUAGAAUCAUUGCAUGCAAAGUUUAAAGAAAUGGAAGAGCAAAAAACUCAAAUGAAAGAGGAGUAUGAAGCCAAGCUAGAAAAGGCUAGGUUAUUCUAUGAAAAGGAAUUAGAAGCAGUUAUGAAAAUGAAUAAUAUUUCCUCAGAGGAGGCAAACAGAAUGUUACAGGCAGAGAAAGAAAAACUUAGCAAAGACUUUGCAGCCCAGGAGGCUGAACUUAAAAAACAAAUUAACAGUGUACUUAGUCAGUUAACAGAUAAAGAAGAUGAAGUAGAAAAAUUGAAAGAAACACUUACAGGAUUAGAAAGAAAUCUACAAGAAAAGGAUGGUAGUUCACAUGAUUUGUUGAAACAGUUACAAAGUGCCCAGGAUGAAAACAAUGCCAAUCUUGCUAAACUGAGAAAUACCGAGAAUGAGCUCUCUGUGAUGAAAGAACGCUGUAGUAGACAAGAAGAAGAAAUGGUGAAGAAAUCUGAUGGAACAUUGGAUAAAAAACUAGAAGAAGAGUACAAACUGCAUGAAGAAAGAAAGAAAGUGGCUAGGGAACAAAAACAGAAAGAUAACCAUAUUGCAAGACAGGAUAGCAAAGUUAAAACUUGCACAUUUGAUUUACAGUCAGUCUUGUAUACGCCAUGUUCCCUUGUCAGCUUGAUGUACUAUAUGAGAAAACUUUGUUGUUAUAAUCUCUCCAUCUAUAGUGCAGGUGACAAAAAAGCAACAUGUUACCUAUGGUCAGAAACAGAUGGAAAAGGAUCAAAUGAGAUAUCAACAUGUUUGAAUCUGUACCUUUCGAGUUUGGAGUCACCAGUAUAG